AUGUAUGCCCGUCCACCACCCCCAGCAAUCUCCGAGAAGGUGACAGAAGAGCCCAAGAAAGCGCCUCUCAAGAGUACGACUCAAAAAUCCAAGCCUGCGAUUAUUGACAUUGAUGAUGAUGAGAUCGAGGUGGUUAAGCCUGGCCAAACUACUCAGUCUCUUCAGACUGCUACUACCUCACGAAAGCGCAGCGGGGAGUACAGCAACACUCUUCAGACCGCUACCACCUCAAGGAAGCGAAGCGGAGACUACAACAAUAAUGCCACAAGCUUAUCCUCCGGCGGUCCUUCUACUUCUGUCGCACCCGAAUCGAAUCCGCAAGCCAAGCGGUCCCGUAAACAAGUCAUUGAACUUGAUUGA